AUGGAAGACCAGCAAGACAGCAUCAUGAGCCAAGGCCUAUUCAUUGGCCUCUUGGAAAUGAUAUUUCCCGGCAUGACAUAUCUCCCCUAUUUCGCCGCCUUCGCGUUCCUGAUCAAGUACGCUCUUGAAUCUUGGUCCGAAUCAAUCACUGCACGGUUCAUCUCCACCGUUGAGAUCCACGCCCAGGAUGAAACGUAUAAUUAUCUUAUGAACUGGGUCUCGCGAAACAACAUCUCCCAGGACAAUUAUCGCCUCCAAGCUUCCGCUGCACUGAAUAACUCCUCUUUUACUUGGUCAGACGACCAGGAUGAUAAACCUGACGUUGAUGAUGAUGAGGAAGAUGAUCCCGUCGGCAGGCAGAUCAAUGAGAUGCGGUCGAAAUCAUCGACAUCAUUGAAUAAUGCUAAGCCUCUGUACUGGACCCCUGCUUUUGGCACACAUUUCUUCAGAUAUGAAGGUCGCAUGCUGGCGUUUACUAGGUCGCUUGAGGGCACAAACUAUACAUCUACACCACGACAGCCUGAGAAACUGGCCAUAUCCUGCCUUGGCCGAGACGCCACGGUUCUCAAACGACUGCUCUACAACGCUCGCAUCGACUUUUCCGAGAAGCAGAAGGGGAAGACUGGUAUUUUUCGCGCCACCAAGCUCUACAGUGAAGAUGAGUUGUCAUGGACUCGCUGCAUGUCUAAAGCAACGAGACCCAUGUCCACAAUCGCUCUCGAUGAACAUAUUAAGGAAAAGCUUGUCAAGGACCUUCGCCGGUACCUCGAUCGUCAGACCAAGCACUGGUAUGCGACAAGGGGCAUACCAUAUCGUCGCGGAUAUCUCUUCUCAGGACCUCCCGGUACCGGCAAAACAAGUCUAACUCUGGCGGCAGCUGGUCUCAUGGGUCUGGACAUCUACAUGGUCAAUCUGAAUUCCCCACGUAUAAACGAGGAUAGCCUUGCCUCUCUCUUCCAAAAGCUGCCGUAUACGUGUAUGGUCUUGCUUGAAGAUAUUGACGCUACAGGAUUAGCUCAGAGACGUGGCGCAGACACAGCGACGAUGGGAUCUCAAGGACGAAAGAAGAAGAAUGCAGAACGUCUCUCACUCUCAGGUCUGCUCAACAUAAUCGACGGUGCAGCAGCUCAAGAAGGACGCGUUCUCGUCAUGACUUCGAAUCACACCGAGAAUAUUGACCCAGCUCUUAUUCGACCUGGCAGAAUCGACUUUACGAUCAACUUCCAGCUUGCUACGUCAGAAGCAGCCGAAGCUCUCUUCACUCAAAUGUUCGACGCUCCGGAUGUGGAUCAUGAAUCAGAGAAGAUGGCGGUGAAAUCGUUGCAGGACCAGGCGAGGGAGUUUAGGGAUAAGAUUCCAAAUCUUGCUCUUAGUCCCGCAGCUAUUCAGGGAUUCUUACUCACGCACCAGGAAGAUCCUGAUGGUGCUCUUGCUGCUGUUGAUGAUUGGGUGCAGGAUGCUCUGAAGCAGAAGGAUGCUGUCGCUGAAGAAGCUGUCGAGUCUGAGAAAGAAGCAACGGACUCUGAAGAGGAUGAAGAUAGCGAUGCGAGUUCUGAUACUCCCUAUAAGAGAUGA